AUGAUGCGGCCUAGUCGUCCCCGAGGCUGGCCUCCCCUGCGAUCCGCUGUGCUGACUCGCUCCUACUCGGGCUCGUCCCAUCAGCCGCCGCCAUGGAGGCCCGUCUCCGCGUUGGAUGAGUGGGUGGAGCGAGCAAUCCGACCGAUCAGUCUGCGCCAGUUGACCUUCUUCGGGCGCACCCUGACAGAGCCCCGACUCAUCUCCUCGGCAAACUACGUGCGUACUGAGCUACCUACCCGCAUUGCCCAUCGGCUCCGAGACAUCCAACAGCUGCCCUAUGUGGUAGUCUCCAACCCGCACCUCUCCCUGGUGUAUGAACUCUACUACAAAGCAUUCGAGAAGUUCCGAGUCAUUCCCGAGAUCUGCAGCCUCGAUGAUAACGACCGGCUCUGCGACGUGCUGCGUGAGAUGCUCAAGGAGCACCUGGUGGUGAUCCCGAACCUGGCCAUGGGGGUGCUGGAGUGCCGCGAGCUCGUUCCGCCUGAUGAGAUGGACCGAUUCAUGAACACUUUAUUGCGAGCCCGGAUAUCUCGCCGUGUGAUUGCGGAACAGCAUCUAGCUUUGACCGAAACCUUCAAUUCGCCCUGGCAUUUCCCGGACUCGCACGAACGAACAGAUAUGAAUGCAGACUUUGUGGGCGAGGUGUUCUUGAAGUGCAAUGCGAAAGAGGUGGUCGAGCGGUGCGGCAAGGUCGCCCAGGAUCUGAUGUGGCAGAGCUCCGAUUCGACCAAAAUUCCCGCCAUCACCGUGCAGGGCCAUCUGGAGGCGACUUUCCCAUAUAUUUUGAGUCAUCUCGAGUACAUUGUGGGCGAACUGCUGCGCAACUCGGUGCAGGCCGUCAUCGAGAAAUACCAGCAUUCGGUCGAGACACCACCACCCAUUGAGGUGCUCAUCUGCGAGACCCCCCAACAUGUGAUCAUGCGCAUUUCCGACCAGGGCGGAGGCAUCCCGCGUGAGAUUUUGCCCUACCUGUGGUCCUUCAGCAAGGGGCCUCGCACGCAGACCCGGCUGGAGAACCUGGGCCAGGUGCCUGCGAUGGCGGCCACCAUGCAGGAGCUGCAGGUUUCGCAGGAGCGCAAGAAUGCGGACCGCGAUACCUUCCACGAAGGGUCGCUGGACACGCUGACGUCGAGGCCACCGAAUCUGCGCCUGGGCAUGGGACUGCCGAUGAGUCGGGUGUAUGCCGAGUACUGGGCUGGCAGUCUGGAACUGCACAGUCUGGAGGGCUACGGGGUGGAUGCGUUCCUGCAGAUCUCCAAGCUGGGCAACAAGAAUGAGCAGGUGACAACGCGGGCGAGCAUUGAUGCGCGCGCCGGAUCCUGCUCUCCACUGACGUCUGAUCGCCGAUCAUUGAGGCGCCUGAACUCGUCCAAGGACGGCGCCCUUCCCAUUCACAUCUCCUUCUGCUUCUUCCUCACCCUUCUGUUCAACUUCCUACCCGCCAAACGCCCUCCCCAAACUCCGACCAGCGCUAAUCCGGACUCCUCUGACCUUCAUCAUGGCGGGUACCUGUUCUAUGCUCUGCCUGUCCCACCACUCGGCGUCUUCCUCAUCUCCGGCUGCGGUGUUGAUUUCUGGAUCAACGUCCUCCUCACGAUUCUCGGCUACUUCCCGGGCCACAUCCACGCGUUCUACCUGGAAUAUGUCUACUAUGACCGCCGCCAUCGCGACCCUUUGACUCGUGCCAGCCAACGCCCCGCGCCGGGUGUGUAUUCGGACCGUAUUCAGAACGGAGGCAACGGCAAUCAGCGGAACUACGGGACACUGUAG